AUGUCAACAACUCAAAUUUUGUUCAACUCUCCAGCGCUUCAUUCUUUGAAACGAGAUCAGCUAGUAAAAUUGUGCAAAAUUCAUUCAAUAAAGGCGUCGGGAAAGAACACAGACCUUGUCGAGAAACUCAAACAACAUGCGCUAAGUCUGCAGCAGGCUGAACAAGAAGCCAAUGUCACCGGCGAGGCCAAUGUCGAUAUGGACGACAUCGAGGUCGCCGUUCAGGCGCGAUUAGACUUGUCACAAGAAGCAGAGCACACCGAUAACUCGAAUGCGCCAGAUCGUCGACAAAUGCCUAGGCCCAGCGAACAAUGGGAGGUCGUCAUGGAUAGCAUCGACGAAGAAGAAGAAGAUUCUUCCCAGAACACAGUCUCAUCCAAAGGAACACUUCGAACGAUUGGUGGUAGUGGUAAUACAACACUGGCAGGAGAGUUUGGCACCGGGGGAUCAAAAACUUCAUUAAUGUCCUCUUCGCUCAAAGCAUUUGCGACUUCGCUUGGCCUCAAUCGUACAAAGGGAGGGUCCGCGCAUUCCGUUGCUAACAUGUCUACCAGCAUGUCCGACACUUCGUUUGCCUCGAUACCUUCUAGUGUACCGUCCUUACCAAAUACCAUGAAGAAACUAGAUGAUCAAGGGGAACUCAUCGCUACUUCUGCGCCAUACUCGUCACUGCCUCAGUCGAACAACCCCCCACAAACCGAUCAUUUGACCUUCGUCCCUCCUUCACCAUUUCCCGGAGCAUUUGUAGACGACAGCGAUCCUAUGGCCAUGACAGAGGAUGCUACCCCUUUGCCCGGACACCCACUUCGCCCUGGUCGACCUGCGCCUUCAGCACCCAAUGUCCGAAUGAGCCUUGGUUUAAAUACGCCUGCAAGAGGUGCGGCACCAACGACCACUAUCCGUUUAGUUUCAGGAAGCGUACCCAACGUUGCAUCCUUAUUCAACGACCCCGAUUCUGGGGAUAAGACGACUACAUCAUGGGGAGAUACUACGUGGGCCGGUGGCGACACCCCGAAGCUUAAACCGUUUGCUACUUCCUUCGAUCUGGUUUUAGGCAGUCCUGGCCCCUUGUACCCUCCUUUGCCACUCGAUGAACUAGUGAACGCUCAAGCAGGACGACAGGCCUCGAGUUCCAAACCACAGUCCAUUGACGCGGUGCUCGGUACACCCUCCAAGAAAGCGCAGAAUAACGCGAAGUCUACCCUCUCUCCUCCGCCGAAAGCACCGUUUGUAUUCGGCUCACCUCUGCCGCAGCAUCGUAUAUCCAAUGCGCAGUUCCAGGAUGCUGCCAAAAGUGUGCUGGACGAGAUGAACCAAAGGUUGGCCGGCGAAGGCGUUCAGAGCGUCAGUACCGACGUGCUGAAACAACUGGACCCAUCUCGGCGCGUUAACCUAUCCGACGCUCUGAAGACUUCUUCACUCGAUACAUCACCGAGCAGAGAUCGGCAAGCAGAACGUGCUGCAGUGCGGGAGAAGUUUAAUCGAGCACACGAGGAUGCCUUUUCGAAGAUGGCUGGUAUCGACGAACCAGUCGGUGCUGGAAGGAAGAGGAAAUCUAACGUACUUCUCGAGAAAAGGGAAUCAGCUGGGGUCCGCAAGCGGUCGAGUGUCGGCGUUGCUGUGAGACAAGGAGGCAUUGGUGUUAAUCGGGCUAGCGGUGCACGGGUCAUUAGUGGUGGUAGGAAGAAAGCCGCUAGAGUCAUUCCUGGUGGGUUCGAUGAGAGUGAUAGUGCAAGCCAAGAUGAAGAUGAAGAGGCUGAGGAGACGGAAAGGGGAGGGAAACGUAUAAAGGUGCAGGAUGAGGAGGCCGCGGCGCAGGAGGCGGAGGCGGAGGUAGCUAGAAAAGAGAAGGAGCGGGAACUGGUCAAGCGCAAACUAGAGAAGAACAAAGCUGCAAGGAGAAGCAGUAUGGGUGUCGCCCGACAAAGCAUGGGUCGCGGAAGGGCAAGCCUCUCUCGAAACGCAGGUAUGUCUUCAUGGUACUUUAGGUACUUAAGAAGCAUUUAUUUAUCCACAAUAGUACCUCAACCCAAACCAAGUCGCUUUGGUUUCCUCUCCUCGGCGAAGAGCCUCGUGCAGGGCAUGUGGAAGGGGAAAAGCUCAGCCAAAGCUCCAGCUGCACCCUCCAAUACUAGCAUACCCGUUCCGGCGAAAUCCGCCCCUCUCUCAUCUACAACGAAGGCCUCAACGUCCAAGAAGCCUUCAAUAGGCCCAGCUGCUGUCGCCCCUACUGGAUCUUCUGUCACCGGCGGUAGCACGAAGAGGGUUGCUAGUGGUAGCAGUAGUUCUUCCAACUUCCUACACCCCGGAGGGGCAGAGAAGUCGAACACUGUGAAGUCGAAUUCGAGCUCCCGAUCCCGCAGCCCCAUUCCAUCCUUCAAUACCCCCAGCGGAAGCAAAGCCAGUCUUGGAAGAACCAGUACAUCUGGUGCCGUGUCCUCGAUUGGAACGAGGAGUGGAACAAGGCAAAAUCCUACAGGCACACGGAGCAGCACCGCCGGCACCACUUUGAACUCAGUGGGCACGCGAACUACGUCGGGAAUAUCAUCGUUGGGAACUAGGACUAGUAGAUUGUCAUCAACAACUGUUUCAACCGACGCAGGCUCCAAGAACGCCAAAAGCAUGCCCUCUACUUCACGGCUCUCUUCCUCUUCGCGACUAAUGGCUCCAACUGCAAGUUCAUUAGCGAAGACGCACUCGAGGGGUAGCACCACUGGUCUGGACGUGGUCAAGGAGAAAGAUAAUAGUCGACCCUCGCAAGGAAUAGCGACGACACCUAGCUCUAAGCCAGGCAUUUUUAACAAACACCUGAUGUCUUCGCCUUCCGGUAUACCGACCCCGGUGAGAACAACUGGAACGUUCACGUCGUUUGGCGGUGCCGCAGCAUCUAUUGCCAGUUCACCGGUAAAAGAGGAUCAUUCUGACUUCGCACCCAAACCCAUUGCACCCAAACCGCGGUCAUUGAUUGGCCGGAAACCUAGGAUAUCACGAUCGAAAGUGAUCGCUAAACUGGCGUCGAAACGAGACGGCCCUGGUCCUAGUGGCAAGGUUAUAAGAACAAGUCUUGACCCGAGGGGUGGUGCAGGGAGGACACGGUCGAGCUUAGGUGCAAAGGCGCAACGAGAGGGUUUGGGCGGGGGACUGAAGAGCGGGAAGGCGGAAGCGGUCUUGAUGGCCAGGAAAAGAGCAAGGGCCAGCGAGUACGCUAGAAGGAAGAGCCUGAAGGGUUAUUCCGGUGAUUCCGACAUGAAGGUGGACGAUUGA